UUCUCUCUCUCAUAAUCAUUGAGCAACUUUUAUUUAAGUUUAUAUAUAUUUAAUAUAUUUUGUGAACUCAGUGAAGAGCUUUUGCUUCUUCAAGUGUCUGGCUGUUUACUGUUGUUUUGCAGUUAUUUUCAUUCUGUCAUUCUUUGUUUGUACUCUUGCAUUUAGCCUUAUUUCUUUUGUUCCUGAGCUUUUACCUGAUUGAAUACAAGGUGGGUUGUCAAGUAAUUGUUGGAGCUCUUUAUUCUUUUGAGAUUUUGACUUUCUCUAAUGGGUUUUCUUUUCUUUUGCUUUUUGCUCUCUUUUUUCAAGUGCAUUUGGCAAUCAAGAGACUUGAACUUUCCAUAAAUUUGGUGCUUCAAAUAAGAGAAUUUUUGUUGGGUUUCUUUGCUUGUUCAAGUGGACUUCCUGGUUAAUGUUUCAGUAGCCAUAAAGAUUUGCUUUUGAGACUCUGCUGAGAUUUUGGAGAUCAACAUGUUAUAUUGAAACGUUAUGAAAGAUGGCUUCUUUUUUUUUAUGUGUUUUUUCUUGAGUUGAACUUGGUUUAAUUUGUACUUGGGUGGUUCUUGCAUGUAAUGGAGUCCUGGAGUUUUGUUUCAGGGGAAAAGGAGUCUGUAUAUGAUGCAGCAAUUUCACCUUCUGAUUCUUAUGCAAGAAAUAGAAAUGCCUUUAUCAACUGGGAGUUAAAAGGUCCAUAUAGUUUUAAUAACAACAUGCUAGUUUCAGGACAACAAGCUAUUAAGAAUCAUGCUUUAGGGGAACUGGGGUAUGGAGAAUUGAUAGGAAAACAGUUACCUAAUGAUUCAAUUGGAGAUGUUUUAAGUAGCAAAAUUAGUGGGGGAAGAGCUCUAAAUCCAAUAAUGGCUACCCUGAAUGCCUUUUCUGGGGAUGAUGAGUCUACUUUGAAGCUUUCAAGCUCUGUUGUGGACUCUAAAAGUUGGGAUUCUUCACUUAUAGAUUUAAAGCUAGGAAGAUUUCAUGAUCAUAGAGAUGGCCAAAAUUCUAGUUUUGCUAUAGGAGCCCCCGUUUUAUCUUCAUCUGAGUCAUCUACACCACCAAAGAGAGUUCGAGCAGCAAGAGAAAAUUCUCAUACUGCCUAUUGCCAAGUUUAUGGUUGUAACAAGGAUCUCACUUCCUCAAAAGACUACCACAAGAGGCACAAAGUUUGUGAGGUUCACUCAAAAACUGCAAAAGUUAUUGUUAAUGGAAUUGAACAACGGUUUUGUCAACAAUGCAGCAGGUUUCAUUUGCUGGCUGAAUUUGAUGAUGGCAAGCGCAGCUGUCGUAAACGCCUCGCUGGCCACAAUGAGCGGCGGAGAAAACCUCAAGUUGGUAUUCACUCGGGGAGUGCUGGAAGGUUACUUCUGCAAUAUAAUGGCUUUGCUGGUGGCAGAUUUCAUGGACCGAUGUUGGCAACUACAUCCUUUAUUUGCCAAGAUAUACUACCUAGUGGCCUUUUGCAUGUUGAGAAGUAUGUAACAAAUGAAUGGGGCAAAAGGAUAAAAGUUGAAGAUGGGACUAAUUAUAGCUCUCUUUCUGCCAUUCCCACCACGAAUGGGCAUUUUCAUUUAAAAGCCCCCUACCCUCCUAGUGGUAUUGAGAAUCUGCUUCCCUCUUUUCAUGAUAAUGGAGCUAAUACAGCCACUGGUGGCAUUUUGGGUGAGAACAAUGCACGAUAUGCUCAUGAUUUUGGUGGAAGAAAUUCUGGAUCACGCCCUUUAUUCCAAGACACCUCGUUAGGAAGUGAAGACAUCAAUGUUUUCAAUGCAGCAUCAACCAUUCAAGGGCUAUCUGGGAUUUCAGAUUCUGCUUGUGCUCUCUCUCUUCUGUCAUCACAAUCACAGAACUCUUCAAGCCACUCAUCAGGAAUUCCCAUGGCUCGUUCCCUGGUUGUUCCAGGCAACCAUACCCAUUACAACAUGAGUCAAGUCUCAGAAAAGCUCAUCAGAGUUAACUCACAGGCUUCAACUACUGGGGUGUCAAAUAAGUUCUCUUCAACAGGGAUGAAUUCAAUUGAAGGGAGUCACUUGGGUGCCCUACUGGUAUCUGAUGGUCGUGAAGCUGCCAAAUUUGAUAUCACUGAUGGGAUUUACCAAGGUUCAGAAUUCAUGAAUACCAAGGAUUGCCUAUCAUGCGAAGAUGGACCGAUGAUUGACUUGCUUCAGCUUUCAUCACAGCUUCAGCAAGUUGAGCAUCAAAGACAAUCUAUGCAGGUGAAGCAGGAAAAUGAGGCUUUUUGCUGCUUCCGAAUCACUUAAGUACAGAUUAAAUAAGGACCAACAACUGGACUUGCAAUGGGAGAGGAGUGCAAUGUGGUAAAUGGUGUGCAGUUCUGAAGACAUUCAUACUUGAUCCAAGGGUAACAUAAAUUGGAAGCAUUAGGGAGAGAAAAUGAUGAGAAAAUUCAGAUUCUAAUCCAACCUUCUCAGCUGCUGCUACCAGCUUUUUAAAUUUCAUCUAGACUUUGUUUACAUAACCAGGAAGUCAUUCCUUCCCCACAAGUGAAUAAUAAAUGGCCCAAAGGUCAUAUCCACAUUCACUUAUUUGUCUCCUAAAAUGCUUUUCCUUCUUGUUUCCCUCGAUGUUAUUUGAACAAUUUCAUCAAGUCUCACCUGUGCGGUUGCACAUCAUAACAUAAUGACUGAUUAUUGUCUGCAAUUUCCCUAAUUAAUAACACCCUGUAAUGUUUCUGGUUCUUAUUCACAUGCUCUAGCACUUGGAUUCCUAUAAUCUUAUGGCGAGCAUUCCUGUCUGUCAUGCGAGCGACCUGGUAACUUUUGUUCGUGAAGGAAUGCAAAAUCCAAGAGGACCAAAAUUAAAAUAAUGUCAGCGCUCUGCUUUAAGUUGGCUGCCUAUAAGCUAGGAGGGAGACAAUGGGACCAAAAUCCAAAUUAGCUGGAUGGUCACGAUGGUUCCAAUAAGUCCAGGACAAGGAGAUCACAGUUCUUUUUUAUUUUUUAUUUUUUUUGUCUGGAAACUGAAAACCAAAUGCUUUGCUAGAAUAUCAAUGUCCAUGCAUUGCUCAAGGAAACAAGAUGGGGUUAUUGGGAGCACAUGGGACAUGCAAAUGAAAACAGAGGAAACAGCUGAGGAAUGCAAAUUUAUUUGGGGACAAUGCAGACGAGAAAACAGCUUGUGACACUUCCCAAAUUGUGUUGGUUAAGAUUUUGAGAGAUUAUGAAAAGAUUCCGUAGCUUCAAUCAAAUUUAUCUACCGACAGAACAUACCAUCUCCUUCUCACUGUUGUAGGAAAUUUGGUGGAAAUAUCAACAUGAAUUGGCUAUGGGUGCUGAUUCGAAAAUUGAUCGAUAAAAUUUGAUUUAUAUAAUCGCUCUUAAAAGAUAAAAUCUAAUCUAUUAGUUAAAUUUCAUUUUCUGUAACUCCUAUCUCAAACGAAGGCCUACAAUGUAAAAGAAAAUUGUAACCUUAUGUGACACUGAUUCAUCAAGUUCCAACCACAAUUUCAAACUAAGCAUAGAAUAAAAUUAACUUCGUUCUUUCAGCCAUGAAAUGCCCAUUUACCAUGCUUCAUUCAACAAUCGUUGACUCCUUAGGAGAUGCCUAAAGGGAUAAGGCCUUUA